AUGUGUGAAUAUCUCGGUAUAACUUGUGAGGGAUACAAGAAAGAUAUCUUCUUCGACUUUGAGAGUUCAUCCGGCAAUCAUGCGGUGCGCUUUCGCCGACCGUUGCUCUCGCUUGAGGACCGUGAGCGAAUGAGUAAAUGGCUUACUUCGAGUGUUCCUCCCAAGCAAACUCUGAAGAUAUUAUCUCAUAUCGAUGAAGAAUGCGAGCAAGCAUCUUCCUCGGAUGAUAUUGACAUCCAUCGAGGCCCCUUUGGCGCUUUCAGAAUCAACCAGGGGGGAAGCGCUGUGCCUGUGAUUGUGCCCUGUGAGGCAGUCGUGAAUGUGAACCACCCAGAAGACACAGAAUCAAGUCCUCCGCAAGGUCUCAUUACUAUGAAUAACCAUUAUGAACUAUCCUCACCGCUACCCCUUUCGCCCUGGUCACAAGGCCUGAUGCACCUCAUUUUCGACCAGCCCGAAAACGUACCCAGUCCUCCUUUUCCAGGAUACUUAGAAGCUAUGUUAAAUGCACAAAGGGGAAGCAACACAGAAUUACAUGAAUAUAUGCCAGUAGGCUUUGUGCCUGACCCUUAUUACAACAACGCCAUAUCACCAACCUCUCUAUCUUCCACGAGCACCAUGAAAUCUGUACCCCAUGACGCUGUCUUCCUUCUCAAGCACUACGCCUCGGCGGUAAUAAGCUUGAUGACUCCACUUAGGCACUCCAAAACACCCUGGCAUGUUCUUUUUAUUCCUCAUGCCAAAAACUGCCUUGCAGCUCUGGCUCUGAAUGAUGAAAUGAGCCAUGCCUGUCUAUGCGCAUUCUACGGGAUGUUGGCUAUCAGUGCAUUUAGUCUGGGAGGGGUCUCUCGGUCUCAGACGUGGCUUGAAAAAGCCAUGAUAUAUAAGGAAGAAGCCCGAAAGCAUGCGCGGAUGAUGUUAAUGACUGCCUAUGAUGUCCCCAAGGUGGCCAAAUACAAAUCUAUUCUGAUGGCCUUACUUACUAUGGUACAAGUUUUGAUGUUCUCAGGAAAUAGAAGCGAGACUGAGUGCUACUUCCUCGAAGCGGAAAAGUUCAUUCGGUUAAGAGGAUUGAAGCGCAAGAAAUCCCGCAAGGUCCGUCUACUUCAUCACUGCUAUGCGUUUGAGCGCAUUAUACAUGAGAGCAUCUUCGUCUGCGGUGCAAACUCAAUCCAGCGGCAUCAUAUUCGCACAGCAAUUGAAUCAAGUGGGCUGGGAAUAUAUAGUCUUGACAGUCUAUCAUUCCGGCUCACUGGCUGGAAGAACUUGAACCAAGAGAUGAUGAGAGUACGCGGACAAGAGGAGGGGGAGAACGACCUACAUCUUGAACGUCCGGGCCUUUGGUCUUCUACGCUUUAUCCCGAGAUAUUUGGUAUCCCAGAACAAUGGGUCUUCCUUUUAUCUCAGGUGAUCCGACUUGGAAAAGAGAAAGAUGCAGCAGAGGGAGAAGAUACAACAAAUUGUCUCAGCCUAAAAGAUUUUAUCGGCCGAGCGAAGACACUCGAAGAUUCGAUCAACAAUCUUCACCUACCCAGCCGGAAUACGUCCGCACCUGAGAAUGUCAACUCUCAACUCGACCAAAAUAUAAUCGAUAAUAUGCUAGAGGCAAUGCAGAAUGCACUGGCAAUAUAUUUCUACCGUCGAGUUCAUGAUGUGGAUGCAUCCAUAUUGCAGACAAAAGUCGUGGGUGUUUUGGACCGAUUACUACGCUGUGAAUAUGCAGACUCUACAGUGGUGCACGGCUCAGCGGGGUUCAUCUGGCCUGCCUUCAUUGCAGCGUGUGAAGCCGAGGAUUCUUCUGUCCAAGCGUCAUUUUCUAAUUGGUUUGAAAACUCGGCUUGUCGGAGCGGUCUUUCUUGCUUUACAGAUACAUUGGACAAUAUUCAGAGGAUAUGGCAGGAGAAGUCUUGUGCCAAUGGGAAGAGUGUUACUUGGUUGGAUCUGAUGAAGAACACUGUGCCGUUGCAGUCACAAUUAUGA